AUGUCUACCAUUGUACGACGCCCGGCUGUAGUCAAGUCUCAUCUGCCUGAUAUCGGCCGCUGUUUAUAUGGGAUCCCUCAUCAGAAAAGGAGUUUCACCAUUGAAUCACUCAAUGCAACAAAAGGAGACCGAGAAAGGAUCCUAAUCCUCGGCUCCGGCUGGGGCGGAUUUGGCCUUGCCAAUAAGCUCUCACUAAAGGACUACCAACCCCUCAUAAUCACCCCGCGCACCUACUUUGUAUUUACGCCACUUCUGGCCUCAACUGCCGUCGGAACCCUCGAGUUCCGCACUGCGAUGGAGUCAUCCCGUUCUCGGGAUGGCGUGGAGGUGGUGCGUGGGUGGGCGGAGAGCAUUGAUUUUGCCAAAAAGACGGUUAUGGUCGAGGGCGCGCUUGAGAAGCGCCGCCCAAACAAUUCUCCUGGCGGGGAGGGUCAAGAUGGUGCUUUGCCAGACAUUUGGGGUGCCGGGGUCAAGGAGCAUGCCUUCUUCCUGAAAGAUGUUGCGGAUGCGAGGAAAAUUAGGAAGAGAAUUUUGGAAUGCUUCGAGGAGGCCUCAUUACCAACCGCCUCAGAAGAACGGAAAAAACAGCUCCUCAACUUUGCAGUAAUUGGCGGCGGUCCAACCGGCGUUGAAUUCUCAGCCGAGCUCCACGAUCUGGUCACAGACGACCUCUCCCGCCUGUAUCCAUCUCUCGCCUCAUACCCCAAAAUCACAAUCUACGAUGUGGCCCCUCGUAUCCUCUCCAUGUUUGACGGCAACCUCACCAACUACGCCGAACGGCAUUUUCACCGUCAGGGGAUCCAGAUUAAAACGUCACAUCACGUCCUAGCCGUCGAGGACGGCGCCAUAAUCACAAAGGAAGAAGGUCGUAUCCCCGUCGGCGGUGUAGUCUGGAACACGGGCUUGGCACCGAACCCAUUCAUCGCGCAAGGGCUGAAGGGCAAAUUCCCCCUGGCCGCAGAAGAGGAUGGUGAGUGGGGUGUCGAGAAGGACGAAAAGGCGGGGAGAGUGGUUGUGGAUAACUAUCUGCGGGUAAAGGUCAAGCACGAGGAGACGUCGCAGGUCAAGCCGCUGGAAGACGUGUUUGCGAUUGGAGACUGUGCGUGGCUGGAGGGGAAGGAUCUGCCUGCGACGGCGCAGGUUGCGAACCAGCAGGCGGUGUGGUUGGGGAGGACGCUGAACAAGGCAGCGAGGAAGAAUAGGAAGGAGCUAGGGGGGGCGCCGGUCAGAGUGGUGGGCGAGCCGGAGUUUAAGUACAGGAGUCUUGGCGUCAUGGCGUAUCUUGGGAGCUGGAAGGCAAUUACACAGACGGACCAGGGCGAUGUUAAAGGGCGCCUGGCAUGGCUGAUGUGGAGAACGGCAUAUUUCACAAAGAGCGUAAGCUGGAGAAACAAGGUUCUCAUACCUGUAUAUUGGUUCACAAACUGGAUCCUGGGGCGGGACAUCAAUAGAUUCUAG